AUGCUCAAGCCCGACGCCGUGCAGCGCGGGCUCGUCGGCGAGAUCAUCCAGCGCUUCGAGAAGCGCGGCUUCAAGCUCGUCGCGCUCAAGCUCGUCACGCCCUCCCUGGAGCACGCCCAGAAGCACUACUACGACCUCGCAGAGAGGCCCUUCUUCCCCACCCUCUGCAGCUUCCUCAGCAGCGGCCCCGUCUGCGCCAUGGUCUUCGAGGGCGAGGACGUCAUCAGACAGGGGUCCGUUGCCUCACCACCCUUGCUCGCCCCCAUCACGCUUGUUGCAGUUCAGAGACGAACACCGCCUUUACUGACUCCUGUCCUCUCGUUUUUUCUUGCGUCUUCAUUUGCACUCACGCGUUGCGUAGGCGCAAAAUGA